AUGUUCUCUAAGUCGCCAUACCGUCAUAUCCCCUUCUUCCCGCAAACACCUGCUGGAUUCAGGAUGUUGAACCCCUCGAAGAAGCCUUACUUUCUUCAUUCCAUUUUUUCGCGUCGUCCUUCACCGUCCGUCGACUCCCCUUCGAGUAGCCCUGCCCGCGAGCCAAAUGCACCUGCAUUCUUUGACUGCAACGCACCUCCUACACAGGGCCUUCCGCACAUCUUCCAGCCCGCCUCAGCCAAUACCGCCCGUGUAGGUCGUCCACCCAAGAAGGCUACUGUUCCAAAGGUCUUCAAGAAGAGCGCGCCCACCAAGGCUUUCCCCAGUCAAAUGAUCCACCCGCGCCGCAAACACUGGCACAAGCGCUUCACUUACCAUCUUACAGUCACUCGUCCAGGACUCCGUCGCAAAGGCCCCCGGUUCUGCAACCCAGCAAAGCUCAGGCGCCAAAAAGCAGUGGCGGCUCUCAACAACCUCGAAAAUGUCGCUCUCAAGACUAUGCAAGCUGGUGGUAUGACCGCCGAAGAUCGUAUUUUCCUCAAGCAGCUUGAGGAGCUCCGCCUUGAUCAGCGGCGCAGGCACACGCUUGGAGAUGCUAGAGAGUUGGAGCACGCGGAGCGCGACCGCCAAGCUGCCCUCCGAUUGGAGGAGAACGCACGGAGGCAGAAGGAAGAGGAGGAAUCCACCGUUGCAGGAGAACGCCAACGGCAGGAGGAGGAGAAGCGUCGACAAGAGGAGGCCAGACGCAGACAGGAAGAAGCUAAGCGUCGUGCAGAGGAACUGGUGCGUCUUCGUGAGCAGCGCGAGCGCGAGCUCCAGGCCAAACGAGAGGCUUUCCGUAAAGCCCAGGAGGAAGCUGAACGCCGGGCCCGUGAGCAAGCAGAGCAGCGCCUUCGUGAAGAAGCUCAACGGCGAGAGAGGCAGCGCCAAGAAGAACUUCGUCGCAACAAAGCUCAAGCGGAUCUCGUCGCUUUUUUCCAGCUCUACGACGCAAAGUGGCAAGAGCUCAAACUGAGCCAGAAGUUGACUUCAGUCAUGCUCUGCGAGAUGCCGUGGCCCACCUUUCAGCAAGGCUGUGCAUCCCCCGAUGAUAUCUCCCGCUGCAGCGUGGAGGAAUUCAUCUUCCACCCCCUCCGCCCAGGGAUGGAGACCAAGUCGCGCAAGGACCGACUGAAGUUUGACUCGAACAUCGUGCGCAAGUUGCGGGAGUGCGAUAGGGAAAAGGCGAGCGAAAUUGCGGGAGCACUGGCUAGAAUACUGACGAACAUGAUGGCUGAAGAGAUUCAGAAAGAGACGGAUCAAUAG